AUGAAGAUCCUGGUUUUAAUUUGGGCUGCAGCGGUGGCUGUGUCAGCACGACCUCAGGGCUACAACCUACCGACGCCCUCUGGCCCGUCCUUUGGCCCGUCCUUUGGCCCGUCCUUUGGCCCGUCCGUUGGGUCAUCUGUUGGGUCAUCUGUUGGCCCGUCCGCUGGCCCAUCUGCUGGCUCGUCUUCAGGUGGAUGCAGUCCUGGGCAAGUGCGACAUGUGGACGGUAGAUGCGUGACUCCGCGUGAAAACAGAAGAGUGUUCUUGUAUGAAGUUCCUUCGAACGUUGUGUUCAACGGCGCUGAAGUUAACGUCCCCGAGCCAACAGUGGAGACCAAUAUCGUGCUCAUCCGAACGCCCGAGGGAUUACUGGGACCCGAACCUGUUGUUGUGCCUCCUCCAAGACAGCAGCACGUGGUGUACGUGCUCAACAAGCAAUCUGAACACGACCAGAGGGUGAUCGAAGUGACAGCGCCACCGCCAUCCGAUCCUGAAGUUUACUUCGUGAACUACGCUGAAGGCGAGAACCCAACUCUUCCUAGCGGAGUGGACCUACAGAGCGCUCUGGGUGCUGCCACUCAAGGCGGCGGUCAGGUGAUCGGGGGAAGUGGUAUAAGUGGUGAUGGUGGUGUUGGCGGCGGUAUUGGCGGUGGUGUCGGUGGCGGUUUUGGCAGUGGUAUCGGCGGAGACAUUGGCGGUGGUAUCGGCGGCAGUUUUGGCGGUGGUAUCGGUAGCAGUUUUGGCAGUGGUAUCGGUAGCAGUACUGGCGGUGGUAUCGGUAGCAGUAUUGGCGGUGUUGCUGGUUUAGGUGGGGGAUACACCCCACCAACCCAGCCCUCACCCCUGUACACUUCACCAUAA